GAGCGUCGGUCAGCUGUGAAUGAACACAAAUGGGGGGAUGUAUUGUGCUUUUCGCGCUGCCUGCUUUCUUCAGUCUUUUAAGCGGUGCAUCGCAAGCUGGGCGCUGAGUGACAGAGGUGAGGUGAUGGCGGAUUCAGCAGGCAGCACAGAUUUCAGCAGACAGUCCGCUGCACACUGAACCAACUGGAUGAGACAGAACAUCAAAGUGUAGACAGAAUGGAUUUUCCCAACUGGACGGAGGGGGCGUUUGACACAAACAGCAGCAGUUAUGUCUCAUUUGAGAAUGCCAAGCUUCCUCCCAGUAAAGUCCUACUAACUAUAACCCUGUCUGUGGUGACCAUCCUCACCACGUUCUUUAACUGCCUGGUGAUCACAGCUAUAGCCGUCACUCGCAAGCUACACCACCCGGCCAACUACCUCAUCUGCUCGUUAGCAGUGACUGACCUACUGGUGGCUGUGUUGGUCAUGCCUUUCAGUAUCAUCUACAUCCAGAAGGAGAAAUGGGUCAUGGGUGAGGUGGUAUGCACCAUCUGGUUAAGUGUGGACAUCACCUGUUGCACCUGCUCCAUCCUGCACCUCGCGACAAUCGCCAUCGACCGUUACAGGGCGAUCACCGACGCCGUGGAGUAUUCUCGCAAACGCACCGGAGCCAGGGCUGGUGCCAUGGUGGCGGUUGUCUGGCUUUUGUCCAUCCUCAUCUCUCUUCCUCCGCUGCUGUGGCGGCACUACAGCGACGACGCCGAGCACGAAGACCAGUGCAUCAUCAUCCACCACCACAUGGCCUUCACUCUUUAUUCCACUCUCGGAGCAUUUUACAUCCCCCUGCUGCUCAUUCUUAUUCUCUACUAUAAAAUCUACAAGGCCGCUCAGACGCUUUACAUGCGGAGGGAGGCUAGCAGGGCUAGCCGUCACUCAUGCAUGACCAACGGGAGCAUGAUCCCGUCAUCCUACCCCAGCGAUGCUGAUGGUGGGCCUCGGAGUCCAGAACCUAUUAGCCCACAGGAAAAGUCUUUUUCUGAACCCUCCACCGAGGAAACACCACGUGAACGUGUUCGGGUCUCAAGAAAGGCUUUUCAGAGCAAGUCACACAAACAGGAAUCAAGUACUGAGUCUCGUCGAAGCCAGUUCUACCAAGGACCUCGGAUCUCAGGCUCAAGGGAGCGAAAGGCAGCAUCAACUUUGGGGCUGAUAAUAGGAGCCUUUGUCAUCUGCUGGCUACCAUUUUUUGUCAAAGAAGUGAUCGUCAACACCUGUGGCUCUUGUAAUACUUCCAUGGAAAUGGCUGACUUUCUUACGUGGUUGGGCUACCUGAACUCUCUGAUCAACCCGCUCAUCUAUACCAUCUUUAACGAAGACUUUAAAAAGGCCUUCAGAAGACUUGUCAGGUGCAGUCAUUACCUCUGAUAGUUUGUUGUGGGUGAUCAAAACCACUAAKUGUUUGACGUACAAACGUGACCAAACGUAGGAAUAAUACAGAUUUAUUAUCAGUGAAUGCUAAAAGAGUGUUGACCCAUUGUGCCAGAGAAGGAAGAAUUUAAAAAAAAGGAAAAGUACUGAUUCCUGUUUCACCGUUUUCCAACUUCAACAUGGGAUCAGUUCAGCAAGAGAUUUGGGAUAAACUUCCACAAUAAAAACCCAACUUUAUAAUCAUAAAACACCUCAAUAUCUUCUUAAUGUUUAUUGAUGUGUAUAUAAAUGCCAACAUGUUGAUUUURUGAAAAAUGGGCCGUUUCUGAACUUCUUGAGGUCUGGUCUCUAAACAUCAGUGACCGGCCCCAUUAGAAGGUCCAGAAAUAGCUGGCCAUUCCAUCUGUGCUAUCUAAUGACUUCAGUUGUGUCAGCGCAACACUACUGACUAAAACAUGUGUAAAAUA